GUCCGUUUAUUUUUAGCGCGCGGUGCUUCGCCCCAAAUAGACGCCAACACCACACAACGCCAACUCUAACCAACUGUACAACGUACCUCAUCGGGAAGCUGGCUUUCCGACAGGCAGUGCCAUUACUACUGGACUAGAGAUGUCUCAAUGGAUCUUAGGCAGGGACUGAGAAUGGAGAAUAGUUCUCGUUAUAGCCUCAGCACGGUUGACCAACCGAUCGCCCCAUUUGAGCCAUCGUCAACCUCCUACCAUGGUAAGUAUGGUAUAUAAAGCUUUAUUGUCACCUCGACGAUUCCAAAUUUUAAUCAGCAUCAUUGAGACAUUGCGAUAAUACCAAGGAUAUUACUCUUCCCUUUCCUCUUCUCUUUUAUUUCUGUGGAUCUCGACCUCUUUGAGUCUCCUUGCUUCCUCUUCUACCAAGUUCCUCUCGGACCAAGUCGCGUAAUCCCUCUCUUCAUAAUACACAGACCAGUUUAUUAGCAAAGAUGUAUCUCACUACUACUUCUCUCGCCAUGCUUGUUUACGGCGCUGCCGUUCUUGCUGCCCCUGCCGGUUCGUCUCAAAGCGGAUCUGCCUCAACAAUCAUCCCGACGUCGACAAGGUCGUCUACCACGGCGCCAACUACGACCGGAUUGAGCCUGACCCAGCAGCUCUACCUUGCUGACACUGCCGUCGAUCGCUUUGCCCUCCUUCCCGACGACAAGCAGUUUGUCUUUGACUUCAACCAAGCCCAGAAGAAUCCCGGGAAGGGCGGCGAGUUAGUUGCUGCAAACCGCAAGACAUUCCCUUCGUUGGUCUCCACUGGCUCUGGCAUGGCAGUGGGCCGCGUUGGACCUUGCGGCAUGAACACUCUCCACGUGCACCCCCGCGGGACUGAACUCCAGAUCGUCGUCGAAGGCCGCCUGGUGACCGAGAUGGUGCCGGAGAAUGGGGUUGUCGACGGCAACGGCAAGCGCCGGGUCAUCACCAACACCAUCGAGAAGUUCCAGAUGACGCCAUUCUACCAAGGCAGCAUCCACACCCAGUUCAACCCGGACUGCACCGACGUUGUAUUCAUCGCCGCUUUCAACUCGGAGGACUUUGGCACUGGCCAGGUCGCCGACGGGACCUUUGCCUUUUCCGACGACGUCAUUGCUGCCUCUUUUGGCCAGACCAUUGCCGGCGCCGACAUCGACACCGUUCGUAAGGCCAUCCCCGCCAGCAUUGCGCUUGGUGUCGAUGAGUGUCUGAAAAAGUGCGGUAUUCCCAAGCGCUCGCUCUAAACGAUUGACUUGAUACUCGUGAGCAGCGGAACCUGGUUUGCGAUAAGUGCAUGGCAUCAUGAUACACUGGGCACAUAUAUGGGAGCAUCGGGAAGGAAGCAUUCUUGUUUUACAGCGUUGCAUUGGGCCGGAGUUAUUUUCAUAUUCCAUGUUGUUGCCUGCAUAUCUUGUGGAUCUGUAUCAUAAACAGGUUAUUGAAUUUGAGCAUUUCUUUAACUAUGACUGGUCUUGGAACAUACUUAAACCCCUUUUCAAUAUGAAAGGGGGAUUCCCUAACCUUGCCAUACAAACAUCAUCAAUCUGGCCUGCUGAUAUUCCUAGAGCUCAAUUCUAACCCAAUGGCUUGCCAUAAUGUACCUCCUAGAGCUCGGUAGGCGCCUGUCGUUUCUUGAGACUGUCGGGCCAAGAUACUUUUUGGCAGGAUUGACGAAUAUUGGUUCAUGAACAAAUACUUCAGGGAGAGAUGGAGGUGACGGGAAGGCCCGUGCGACC